UGAAACCAACUAAAGUAAAUUGUAAGCAGUUUUAAGAAUCCCCCUAACAAUUGACAUUCGUUUUAAAUUGCGGUGAUCCGUCGAAUUGAGCGUUAUGUUAAAACGCAAAUUGAAGCAGCAAAAAGAUAAUCUGGAGGAGGACGAGCCCAAGAAGUCAUGUCCUCAUGAAGGAAGUACAUCCGAUUUCUUUGUCCAGCCCCUGUGGUUGAAAUUCUAUAAAACCGAAGAAAAUUUAAACGAGGAGCUAGACAAAUUGACCCCGCCUCCGAACAUUACGUGCAUCUAUAACCCGAUAGUGUAUGCGUCACAGCUGCAUUGUGAUUAUUUGCGUCGUUAUAUGGAUGGUCCCAAAAAGCUGGUGUUUAUUGGGAUGAAUCCGGGACCCAAUGGAAUGGCUCAAACCGGCGUUCUAAUGCAACUAUCAGGAUCCGUGGAUAAACCCCCUGUCGAGCAUCCCAAACGUCCUGUAAAUGGUUUGGAUUGCAGGAUCGAGGAACCCAGUGGUGUUCGUCUUUGGGAACUGUUUUUGCGAUUAGCAGGAAACAUGGAGAUCUUCUCCCAGCAAUGCUUUGUUCACAAUUUCUGUCCUCUUUCAUUUUUCGAUGAAGCGGGCAAGAACUUAACACCCAGUGAACUGAAAGGUCCGUACAAAAAGCAGCUGCGAGAUUUUUGUUGUGAAGCCUUAGAGAAACAAUUGGUUCUACUAAAGCCUCAAGUGAUUGUAGCUGUUGGAGAAUAUGUUAUGACCGUAUUAAAACAUUCAGCUUACUGCAAAUCUGAUUCCGUCUCUGUGCUCCGUUUGCCACAUCCAAGUCCUCGAUCUGCAAACAAUAGCAAUUGGCCGGAAAAGGCUCAGACUUUUCUAGAGGAUAACAACCUUAUCCACUUUAUGCGGAAUGAAGCUUGAAGGACAAUUAUGCAUCCGGAAUGCAUUUAUGAACAAAGAGGAAGUAUUUUAACGUUGAAAAAUUGGCAAUACUCCACACAAAGUACAAAUUUUGUAAUUCGUAAAUAAGAAUUUUAAUAAAUAUUCAACUAGUAUUUGAUUUCAUUGAUUUAAACAUAUUUAAGCUGAAUUAAAAAAUGUUAUUAUCACUUUGUGCAAAUAACAUCAUAAUAAUUUUGCUUAAUAAAGGAUUCAAAAAUCAUAAUUAAACCGAUUUACAAAGUAACUAAAUGUACAUAAUGAACAUUUAAAAAGUAUAGAUUCUGCAUAAUACAUUUUUAUGAAGGAGGAGGUGUGCU